AUGAUGCAGAAACCUCACACAGCACCCCAGGACUCUAUCAACUUGACCAAAUACCCAGCUUCUACCCCGUCAGGUCAGUCAGAGCUACAAGCAGCAGCCCCAACUCCUGCAGCGGACGAGCCGCCCAGGCCAAGUGUUAGAGUGGUUGCUUUCAAACUCCUCAGUGCUACAUUCGCUUUUUUCAUCGCCGGCAUCAAUGACGGAAGCCUCGGCACCCUGAUUCCGUACAUCUUGCGCGCAUAUCAAAUACACACUGGACAAAUAGCUAUUCUUUAUACUUCCGGAUUCGUGGGAUGGCUUCUCGCCGCACUACUUGGUGGGUAUCCAAAACUGCAUCUUGGAACUGGCGGAACGCUGGUUCUCGGUGCUGCUCUGCAAAUAGUGGCAUAUACGUUGAGAUUCUGGAAACCGCCAUUUGGUCUCUUCUGCACUACUUUCUUCUUCGCGGCUUUGAGGACGGCGUUUCAAGAUUCCCAAGCAAAUACCUUCGUAUCAACCGUUAAGACCGCCCACCGCUGGCUUGGUGUUAUACAUGCCAGUUACGGUGUGGGGUGUCUUGUAGGUCCUCUGAUUGCUGCCGCCAUAGCGCCGUCAAGCCCUGAUCACUGGACUUGGUUUUAUUUCUUUCCACUGGGAUUGAGCGUCGCCAAUCUCUUCCUUGUAGCUGCAUCAUUCAGAAAUGAAGUUCGCCUGCCGAGACUCUUAUCACGAAAGCCAGAAGAAAUCGGCGAGGUAAACCCCAGGAAAGCUUGGCCUGAGAUGAAACUCACGCUCCGAAACAAAACCGUGUGGUUAUUGGGUGUCUUUUUCUUCUUCCACCUGGGGGCCGCUAUCACUGCCGGGGGUUGGCUUGUUGAAUACCUCGUUACUGUUCGAAAGAACAAGCUCUCCGAAGUUGGGUACGUGCCUUCAGGCAUGUACGGUGGGCUCGCAGUCGGCAGAUUGCUCCUUGCGGAACCAACAUUUAGACUUGGAGAACGUCGGAUGCUCCUCAUUUACUCGGCGCUGUGUCUCGUUCUACAGAUUGUCUUCUGGAAGGUAAAAAAUCUGAUAUCAAGCGCGAUCACAGUCAGCUUGAUGGGAUUUUUCUUGGGGCCUUUCUUUGCUACUGGCAUCUCGACUGCGACUAAGAUUCUCCCUGUUGAAAUUCAUGCUACUGCUCUUGGUACGUGA